AUGAACGCUCGACAAGAUUUCAAGAAUAUUCUUGUGACUGGUCGUUUUAGCAUCAGUCCAUUCGGGGAGUUAUUAAAGAUCUUGGGAUCGAAAUCGACGAAAUUGUGGACGCGCGCGAAGACGAUAUGCAUCUUGAACUUAUACGAAAUUCAAAUCGAUGCACCCGAGACAUUGCGUCACCAGCUUUGCCGAAUCAAAAAGCUAUUGCUGCAUCAUCGCACACGAUCGGGAAUCGUUUGGGGGCUGCGCUGCGGCUCGCUUGUCAAUCCAAUCCAGCCUUCAAUCAGUGACUCGACAUUUGCAAUGAUACAACAACCUUUAAAGAUGGAUGGGCAAUCAUAA